UCUGCCGAAGUCGGGUCGAAGUCGGCUCCCAUGCUCGUGGGUUAGAAUUUGACCGAGGUGAAAGGGUCUUGUCGGGAAAAACCUCGACGAGAAAUGAUGAAAUCCUACAGGGAAAGCCUUAUAGACUUGAUAUCCCACGCGCUCCCAAGGCGCACUACGCUCUUUGCUCGACAUAUAUUUACCCUCCUCGCCUCUAGACUCUUCCACGAAACAUACUAGAAGAGACAUACCAGACAUCAAAGACACCAAAGACACACAAACCUCCUCCUUUUAAGAAAACAACACAUACGGCUGUCAUCUACCACGCCUACCAUUACAAAAUACUACCGCCACCAUGAUUGUCACACGUCUUAUCUCCCUGACGAAUUUCGCCGUCGCCUCUUCCGCACUCGGCUUCCAAGUCUUCGUCCUAUAUCCGUGGCACAACCAGCUAGACCAGUCGUUCGAGGAGCUCAAGAAAGAGCAUCUGAGGGUUCUUGAUGCAGUGAGAGAGGUCGCGAAGGAGGUGGACCCGAAUUCGCGAAAAGGCAUGGCCGAUUCCAUCUUGGGACGGCUAGGAAUCAGUGCUUUCAGCGGCAUUAAAAGUAUUUUCUUACCUGAACCAACCUCCCCACCUCUCCCAAGUGCCUUCGGCAACAGUAAUGCUGUGAAAUAUGUCGCCGACGGCGUCGCCAAUCUCUCUCCAGUCCCAGCCGAAUCGGGGAUGAGGUUGUCGGACAUUGCAAGAUACGCUUUCUCAGGAGCCGCCUGCUGUUCCUUUACACAUGCUAUUCUCACCCCCGUUGACGUUGUCAAGACCAGAGUCCAAUUGGAACCCCUUAUUUACAACCGAGGUCUCACCGGGGGCGUGCGCCAAAUCGUUGUGGCUGAUGGUGCCUCAGCCCUCCUAACAGGAUUAGGUCCAACAGCAACCGGAUACUUCUUACAAGGUGCCUUCAAAUUCGGUGGCUACGAGUUCUUUAAGAGGAGAACGAACGACUGGCUAGGGCCGGAGGCGGCUGCCGCUAAUCGUAAUACUGUGUAUCUUGCUUCUUCUGCCGCGGCUGAGCUUCUCGGAGACGUGCUACUUUGCCCAUUCGAGGCUGUUCGUAUCAGACUAGUAUCGCAACCGUCGUUCGCUCCCGGCAUGUUGCCUGCGUUAGCUAAGAUGGCCAAGAACGAGGGAAUGUCCGGACUUUACUCGGGGUUCACACCGAUCGUAUUAAAACAGGUCCCAUAUACGAUGGCAACCUUUGUGGUGUACGAGAAAGCCCUUGAGGCAGCAUAUUCGUGGGUCGACAAAGAAACAGCAUCUAAUGCGACGCUCUCGGGUGUUAAUCUCGGCUGUGGAUUGAUCGCUGGUAUGGCGGCUGCCAUCGUUUCGCAGCCUGCAGACACUGUGUUAAGUAAGAUCAACAAGGAGAAGGGACGUCCAGGUGAGGGAACAGCUCGACGAAUCGUCAAUAUUGUCGGCCAGCUUGGCCUGCGUGGAAGUUAUGCCGGCAUUGGUCCACGUCUCGUCAUGGUGGGUGGAAUGACAGCCGUACAAUUCGGAAUAUAUGGUCACAUUCAGAGAGCUCUGGGCUCAAUCGGCAGCAUCUCUGAAAUAAAGAAGGUGUUCAAGGUGGGAAGCCUUAGUGCUAAGGAGGCGGCGAAAUACUGAACACAAGUCGUUGACAAGCUCUCACACUUGUUCGCGUUAGGGUGUUCAUACCUGGCGUAUAACUCCGAGUGACAAGUGAAGCUGGAGGGUAAUAUUUCUAAGAUGCUAUAUCUGAUUCGAGAAUUCGAGCAGACAUGUUUUGUAAGACGGUUGGAUAUAAUAAACUGUUAGAUAUGAGACUAUAGACAAUAGAAAUAGAGAGGGACGACGAGGUAUAUAUUUAGGAAUAUAGCAACAGAAUUGAUUGAUUUGAAUAAUGAAUCUGUUUGUAUUUCAGAAAAGCAGAAGAGCAGAACCAGUACGAGAGCACAAAGCAUUUGAAAUGGUGCCCAGGUGGUUAUAAGAAGAGGGGUUUUCGGACUUGAGGACAAUCCUGGGAAGAUUUG